UCCACACAAUAUAUAGGCCUAUAUAUCAUUAUAUUAUAUGUCACGAGGAAGAACGUCGGAAAAUAUUGUCUUAGGCGAGUAAGACUAACUGGAACAAUUACAUAAAUCCCCGUCUGUGAAGCAGCAAACCAUUGUCGGAUUCUGUUUUUCUCUGCAGAUAAGGCAGCUGUAUCUGGUUGAGCAUACAGUUUCCUAUGUUAACACACUUGUAUGCAGCGAUGUCCAGCCCUGUCAAUCCUCUGGUCAUCUCUUUGAUUAUACUGGUGGGACCUACCGUUUGUGAUGGCAAGCUCAACGGAAGACCAGUCAUUGGUGUAUUGGCUCAAAGCUGUGAUCCCAUUGAUCGUGACUAUGGUGACACAUACAUCCCUAGUACCUACGUGAAGUGGCUGGAGUCCGGGGGCGCAAUGGUAGUGCCCAUUAGAGUAAAGGAGAAUGACCUGUACUAUGAGACUAUCUUCAAAAGUAUUAAUGGUGUGGUGUUUCCUGGUGGAGGCGUCAACAUUCUGACAUCCUACUUUGCCAAAGCAGCCAAACUUCUAUACAAUAUGGCUCUGAAGGCUAAUGACAAAGGAGAUUACUUCCCCUUGUGGGGUACCUGUCAGGGAUUCCAGCAGCUGACUGUUCUUACAUCAGGUCAAGACCUCCUAAGCCACCUUCAUGCUCAGAGAAUGAUGCCCCUCAACCUCACAUCAGGUUUUGGACAAAGUCGUUUGUUUGCAGACUUACCAACAGACAUACUGACUUCCCUGACCUUGUUUAAUGUAACAGCCAAUCACCAUAACUGGGGACUGUCUCCCAAGACUUUCAGCCAGAACCAAGCCCUGCAGUCCUUUUAUAGAGCCUUGUCGACCAAUGUGGCUGAUAAUGGCAAGGACUUCAUAUCCACAUUUGAAGCCAUAAAAUAUCCUAUCUAUGGAGUCCAGUGGCACCCAGAGAAGGUCCCCUAUGACUGGGAUCUAAAUGAUGCACUGUCCCAUACCAAGAGAGGUGUGAAAGUCACACAAUAUUUUGCUGACUUCUUUGUUGAAGAAUGUAGGAAGAGUGACCACCAAUUCCCUGACAUUAACACUCAGUUAUCCACUGUCAUCAGCAACUACCACCCUCACUUCUCCAGGGACCAACGUUUCAAGGAACACUACUACUUCAACUUCACCCACCCUACUGUGUGACCUGUUUUUUCCCCCCAACCUAAAAUGCUUAAUUAACAAUGAGUUUAUAUUCUCAUCUACAUGUUCAUGUAUUUACAGAUUUGGUAAGUACUGAACUGUGGAUGAUACAUGAUGUCAUCUUUACAUGGAACACUUAGAGAAUGCUGUUUAAACUAUUACAAUGUAUUCACUUUUUUUCAUGGCCAUAGCCUGGGCGUUUGCUUUAAAUUUUUAUCAUCCAUAUAUCUACUGUUAUAGUAUGAAAAUUAAGACACUGAUUCUUCCAAGGUCUGAGAAAGAGGGCAAAUUGAAAGUGAGGUCCAGAGGGGAAGUCCUGUAAAAGCUGCAAUAUUUUAAGCAGUGACAAAGCUUUCUCCCACCAGGUUACAGCCAUGUUUGUUUUAAUUUUAACUCAAUCUCGAAACAUUUGAAUUGUUUAUUGGAUCUGUUAAAUUGUUGAGAUUUUUUCUAAACAAAUAUUUUAAUAUGUACUUGUUGUUUACAAUUUACAUAAUCCUAACCAAUAUUCUAGCAAUAUAUAAUACUGAUCUCAGUAUGAGUAUUAAAAUUACAGUUCAAAAUACAUUUAUACGUGAAUGAACAUAUUACAUCUAGUUCUUAUUGAUUGUCUAAAUAUGAAAAUAUACAUUCCAUGAAAGUUGUGAUGGUAAUGCAUUUAAAUGGUCCAACAUGGGAUAGAUAAACCAUUCGACUAAUUUAUCACUAACAUUUAACUAGUCAAAUAUUGAAUAGAUGAAACAUUCAACUAAUUUAUCAAUGACAUUUAAUUGAUCAAACAUUGGAUAGAUAUUUUACGCCUAAUAGUAUGAAGUGUGCCUAUAGAUCUCAUGGUUUGUUUACAGGUUUUAUUUCCUCAUUUAGAUAUUGUAAUUUGCUCUAGUCUAUAGUGAUACAAUUUGUUAUAUAUGUUAAUUUUGUUUCUUCCAUUUUAUAAACAAAACAAAUACAGAUCAAAACGUUGUACCCUUAAACAAUAUCAUUAAUUGUUUGCAAGUCUAAAUAUGAUAAAAAGCUGCAGGACUGCCUUGCUACCUUCCAUUUGUUGGUUACAAUAAGUAGUUAUAUUAAUUUAGAUUUUUCAUGACUUUUAGAUAAACGUCUAAUAUUCUCAUUUUCUUCUCUAUUUUCUGUUUUUACACUUGUAAGCUGAGUAUGAAAUCGUUUUUUCUCGUAUUUUGAUACGUAUAUUUUCAUAAAACUGAUAGCCAUCGAUUUUAAAUUGCAUUUCUUAAUCUGAUGUACGGUAUUACUAAUAAAGUGUUGAUGUGUAUGUUGAUAAAUCAUCUCCGAUGACCUGAGACAAAGUCUCUUGUGACCAAUUGGGAUCACCCUUUGUCUGUCGUCGUCCAUUAGUAAACAACUCACUUUUUCGACUUCUCCUCAAAAAACUGAUUUCAGAUUUCAAUAAAAAAUUCAGGAAAUUUUUAUGGCCAAUGAUAAACCAAUAUUUUAGAUUAUAUGGAUCCCAUCUCUCAGGGGCUAGCAGAGAAAAGUGUCAAACUGGAUUAAAAUUACAUCAAUCUUAGACUUAAUUAAGACCCUAAUUUGCCAGAAUCACAAUACAAUGUAGUAGAUUUCAUUACCCAAGAAUCAUCCAUUUCCCCCUAGGGUGGUUUUAAUGCUACGUGAACUUAGACAGAGAAAUAACAUUUAAAGGUCAACUUUGUUCAUUUUCAGUGGGAAAUGAUUCAAACUUGGUUGGAGGAUUAUCAUGUCAUUUCAGUAUCAUGGUAUGACAAUUAAGACUCUGACCCAAAGGAAUUGGGGAUCGGGCUAAAACAGGUCAUAUUGGUUAAAAUUUCAAGAGUCUUCUUCUGACACAGAUUCACCAGAAUCUAACGCUCCUUAUAAAACAAAAUUGUCCUCAAUUGCUUUAUCCAUAUUGUGAAUAUUUUCCCCCAUGUGUACAUCAUUUACACCAGGAGAGUGGGUAAACUUUACUAUACAAUGAAGUUAAUAUUUCGAAAUGACCUAUUUUAAAUUUUCAGUAGAAGUAAUUUAGUUUUGCUUUUAAUUAUAAUCAUCCAUAUAACUGCAGUUAUAGCAUAAACAUUAAGACCCUGAUUCUCCCGGGGCGGAGAGAGAGGGCUCAAAUGAGUCAAAUUGGGUCCAAAACCAACAACCAUGUUUUUCAGACUAAGAUAUGCAAGACUCAAAUAAGCUCCAGGAAUGGAAAUAUCCUAAGGUGUGUUAUAUACGGUAAAGGUCGAUUUGAUUACCCCGGGGUCAUUUAUUCUACCGCAGAAGGGGUAAAGUUAACUGAAAUUUAUAUUUUUGCCUAUUGUAAGUAGGGAAUAAUUCAAACUUUAUUCAAAUUAUUGUCAUGGGAUGGCAGUUUGAAGGUAUGAAAAUUAAGAUUUCCAACAAAAAGAGAGGAAAUAGGUUGAACAAAGACAAGGGAGCUUAAGGCUUAGGGCUAUUGUGUUUCUAAAGUAAUCAACAUUGUUUAACUGGUAUGUUGAAAAGUGGAGAAGAUAUUGUCUUACUAUAUAUGUUUGUAUGUAACUCUCCAAAACCAUUUUGUCCACAAAUCCACAGCUUAAAAGACAUCUUUGCUUUAUAUGUACUCUCUUUCUUUGUCACACCACAAAAGCAUACAUAACAAUUGUUUUACAACUCACGUGACCUAUAAGGACCAUGGGUCUCUUGUUUGAUAUCUAAAAUACGUUUAUUUAUAACUAGGUUAUAUUAUUUAUUGUGGCACAAGGAAUUCUUUUUCAGGUUUCAAUUAUAUUAUUUAAUUGGCAAUAGAUGUUUCAUGAUUUUAGCGAAUAAAUUUCCAGGUCAUUAAAAUGAGAGUAACUGUAGGAAACACCAGUCGUUUAAUUUCAGUAUGAACAUGUAGUUACUGAUAUAUGCACGGAGAGCAAGACAGGAAUCGUGAACACUUUGAAGUCUAAUAUUUGUUAAUAUUAUCUUACUCUCUUAAUUCUCGAGCUAAACGAGUUAAUAUGCUUUUGCCUGAUGAAAAAAAUUAAUAAUGUAUAAAGAUUUUUUGUUUUUGUACAUGAAUAUUUAUGUCGCCAAAUGUCUUUCACUACGUGUGCGUUGAUAAUGAGAAUGUCAGUGUGUGUAAUUUAUUAUUCCAUGCGUCUUGCACAUGUGUUCUGAAGGUACUUUUAUUGCAUUGCGUGAUUGACUUAUGUGUCUAUAGAUGUUUGCUUUUCAGUUUGGCUGCAAACAUUUGAUCAAGUGCACGUAAAUGAUAAAAAAACCCACUUCGUAUACCUCCUCCAUACAACUACAACUGACAUCCCUCAACAACAAAACCAGGGCAAACAGCUUUUCACAACAAAACCAGGGCAAACAGCUUUUCACAACAAACCCAGGGCAAACAGCUUUUCACAACAAAACCACAGAUGAUAUCCGCCCCCCCCCCCCCC